AUGAAGAACGGCGAGACCUCCGGCGGCAACAUGGGCGAUUUGGAGAAAGGGCUGGACGCAAAGGACGAGGACGUAGCCGACGUCACCAGCGAUUCGUCGAAGAUGUCGCCCACCUCGACGCGCGCGUCGCUCGACGCACAGAAGACCGCGCAUCCGAAUACUGUCAAUACCUUGGAAGCGCCCGAACGGACGGAGAAGGCGCCGAGUAGCCAUGCGAAUCCGCAAUCUGUUAUUGUGGAUUGGGACGGGCCUGAUGAUCCCGACUUUCCCCAGAACAUGACGCGUCGGCAGAAAUUCACAAUCACGCUCUCCGCAGCAAUGUUAACCCUCGCCGUUACCUUCUCCUCCUCCGUCUUCAGCGGCGCCAACGAGCAGGUGGCCAAGCGAUUCGGCGUCGACGAAGAGAUCACCAUCUUGGGCACGUCGUUGUACAUUGUCGGUUUCGGCAUUGGGCCACCUUUGAGCGAACUUUACGGCCGCAAACUCCCUCUAUUCGCUGGCGUUCUGGGGUUCACAAUCUUCCAGAUCCCCGUAGCGGUGGCGUCGAAUUUACAGACGGUUUUCGUGGGGAGAUUCUUCCAGGGCCUCUUUGGCUCGUCGCCGACGGGGGUGACUGGUGGUAUCCUGGCAGAUAUCUGGGAUCCGCGAGAGCGUGGGUUCGCCAUGCCGAGCUUUGCGGGAACGCUGUAUGCGGGACCGAUUUGUGGACCGAUUGUUGGCGCUUACGUGGCUUCCACCAUCGGUUGGAGGUGGACUCAAUGGAUCACGUUGAUAAUGGGCUGUGUCUUCCUCGUCAUCGCAUGGAUCUUCGUUCCUGAGACCUGUGCCCCCAUCAUCCUCACCCAACGAGCGAAACGCCUCCGACACGAAACCGGCAACUGGGCUCUACACUCCAAGCACGAAGAAACGCAAGUCAACCUCAAAGACAUCGCGAACCGAUAUCUCCUCCGCCCAUCAAAGAUGUUAUUCCUCGAACCCAUCCUCCUCUUCGUCACCCUCUAUCAAUCCUUCGUUUACGGCCUCAUCUACCUCCUCUUCGAAGCCUACCCCAUCUCCUUCAUCGACGACCGCCACUACAGCUCCGGCAAAGGCAGCCUCCCCUUCCUCGCCGUCCUCGUCGGCGUCCUAAUAGGCUGCAUCCUCCUCGCCACAACAACGCGCACCCGCCUCGCGCCCGACCCCGAAGCCGGCCGCCCAAUCGAAACGCGCCUGCUAACCAUGAUCCUCGCCUCCGUCGUCCUGCCCAUCGGCCUCUUCUGGUUCGCAUGGACGAGCUUCCCUUCCAUCUCGCCCUGGCCGCAGAUUCUCUCUGGCAUCCCGAUCGGCUUUUCCGUUAUUAUCGUUACGCUGCAGGGGUUUAAUUACACGAUUGAUGUGUAUACCAUCUACGCCAAUUCGGCGAUUGCGGCGACGACGUUUACGCGGUCGCUUUUCGGUGCCGGGUUCCCUUUGUUUGCGGAUUAUAUGUUUCGUGGGUUGGGCGUGCAGUGGGCUACGAGCGUGCUGGGGUUUAUUGCACUGAUUAUGAUUCCGGUGCCGGUGCUGUUCUACAAGUACGGAGCGCGGAUACGACGCUGGAGCAAGUACAUCAAGACCUCCGACUGA